AUGUCGCGCGCCAGCCGCACCAGUCAAUCCGAGCCGCCGACGCCAAGCGAACACGCAACUCGCCAUGUAGCCGUCCCUGCCCUCGUUGACUGACGCACACACUCUCUCUCUCCCUGUUCUCGUGUGCGCGCGCGUGUGCCGCCUCUACCGCCGCACCACUCGCCAUCGCUGCUGUUGCUGCUGUUGCUGCUGCUGCUGCUGCUGUUGCUGCUGGUGCUGCGGCACAGCCGGCCACCGCCGAGACCAAUUGUUGCGCCAGCUAACAGGUGUCAGCACCAGCGACGGUCGGUGGCCAGCCUCGACCACGGCCGUUCCUUGGCGGCCACAGGUCCCCCGACAUCAGAAGCCAGCCACCGUCAGCAUCGUCCCCUGCGAGCCGCCGGUCCGCGAGCCACUCCCUCGACCGCUGAGCGCGCCCCGUACUCUCCGAUCGCCGAGUCGUGUGGCGCUUUCGGAUGGAAAAGCUCCAGCUGCAUUACAGUGAACGGUUUCCGUCUGCUCUCCCACCUAUGUGAUGCCGGGUACCGACGAAACCUGAAAGCUGUCUCGCGGCGCGACGGGAACGUUUCAUGUUGCCACUCUCGUGCGCAGUAGAACCGAGGAACAACAGCAAGAAGAAGAGAAAGAAAUAUGAGAGACGCUAUGUGAAAUGAGGGCGGUGCUUCGAGCUUCGUCGAUUCGAUUGUUCGCUACAGUGCGGGAGACAUUUUAAAGAGGAAGGGACGAGCGCUAGCCAGAAUCGGGCGACCUCGGAGUUGCGCAGAAAUCCGGUGUGGCGAGCCACCUGUUUCGUUUUACCUCGCAAUAUAGAUUUGUCCAAGAUAUGUGCUUUCUCCGAAGGGAUUCCUUCACGUCUCUGCGCCACAUUUGGUAUUACGCUACUUACGGUUUGAAAUCUCCGAGCCGUCCGACGGUAGGAGUGUGAGCUCGUGUGCUGUAUUCGGUCCCCGGUGCGGAGUCGUUGGACGGCGCGAUAUUUGCUGGAGUGUAUGCGUGUGCGGUGGUUUUCCAAAGUUGGCGGCGAUGCAACUUGUUGCAUUCGUGUACACAAGGUAGGUCCCAUGCGCUUCCCGUCUUGACGCCGCCCGAGCCAGCUCUUCGGUUCGCUCCCACUUUAAGCUUUCUCUAUUUUCUCUCUCAGGAGCAGCACUUCUGACUUUCUUCCGAUUUCUCUCACUGCUGCUGGUACUCCGAUUUCAGUGCUACUGUUAACUGAACGCUAUCGCUUCUGACUGUGUAUCUUUGUCUGUACGUCGUAUUUACUCCCAACUGUGUACAAUAACUGUCGAUAUCUCUCUCUCCUGUCACGUCUGACGCCUAACGAUAUACACAACCUCAAGCAAUAUUUUGAAAGGAGGGUCAGUUUCUUCGACUACUGGGAUACAAUUAAUGUACCUUCAAGACAACGAAAGCAAUAUUUAAAGUCUCAGAUUUGAAUACAAUUAGAAGAGAAGCUAAUUAUAUUUCGACACGCAUAUUGAUAUUUAGUCGUUUAUAUUAGAUGAUACAAAAUAUUUUAGAGAGUUUAUUGGAAGAGUAGAGAGCAGAGAAGAGUAUUUUGAUCAUUUUCUGUAUCCGAGUAUGAAUUCCGCGAUAUUUCCGACCGGGAGUCCCUGAAACGGACGUGCGGCUCCUCGAGAGAAGGAUUAGACGGAACUCCCGCACUGACGAAGAGGAGGCAGGAGCGAACCGUCGAGUGUGCGACACAGGCAGCCGGCCGAGCAAGAUGCCGCGCUGCUACAUGGUGAAGAAGGCGUGCAACAAGUACCAGGGGGCGGGCGCCGGCUCCGGCCGGUCCGGAGGCGGCGGGGGCGGCUCGGCCGGCGGCUGGGCUCUGCCGCCCCCGCACCACCAGCAGCGCGACGCCAGCGGCGAGCCGCCGGGGCCCAACAGCCCCACCGAGGCGGCCGUGGCGCCCCCCAGCCCCCCGCCCAGCAACAGCUUCCGGCCCCUCGAGACCGUCACCAGCCACAGCUACCUGCACGAGUUCAUGCCGGGCAGCCCCGAGGAGAACGCGGGCGGCUGCGAGUCCGGGCCGCCGCUGCGCCACCAGGAGGUGCUGACGCACGAUGGGGGGAUCCCCAUCUUCCGGAUGCGCAGCGCCGAGGAGACGGCGGCGGCGCACGACCUGCUGGAGCUGUCGCGCUCGCUGCCGCCGCUGCCCGCGCCCGGCGCCACCACCUGCUACAUCGUCGACCAGCCCACGCCCGAGCCCUCGCCCGCCGCCUACACCACCGUCUGGUACCGCCCGGACUCGCCGCCCACACAGAUACUGUACCAGGUGACGGACGAGCAGCAGCAUCCGCAUGAGCUGCUGAUCCACGAGCCACAGCCGGUGCCGGUGCCGCUGCAGAUGCAGAUGCAGAUGCAGAUGCAGAUGCAGGUGCACGAGGUGGUCCACGAGGUCGUACACGUGGAGCACGUGGAGGAGGGCGCGCCCCCGCCGGACUGCUACUACGAGCCGGUGCCGCAGCCGCCGCCGCCGCCGCCGCCCUCGCUCACGCCGCCCACGUCCGAGUACUCGUCCGACGCCGAGAACAACCCGCCCCCGCAGGUGCCGUCGCCCGGCCCUGUCCAGGUGGUGCACACCGAGCCGCCGCCCCCGCAGCCGCAGCCGCAGCAGCAGCCGCCCACCCACCACCAGCACCACCACGAGCACCACCACCAGCAGGUGGCAACUGUGAUUCCUCCACCGGCGCAGAAGACAUCUGUGAUAUACACCUACGACGCUUUGAUGGCGGCCGACGGGCGCACGAAGAACAGGAAAGUCAACAAACCGGUGGUGACGGCGUCGGUAGUGGCUGUGACGGAAACGUUGCCUGCGAACACCGCGACGACCACGACGCAGACGCAGCCGCAGACGCAGACACAGACGGUGACGUCGGCGGCGACUCCGGUGAUCGUGAGCACGGCAGCCGUACAGGCGGCGGCGGCGGCAGCGGCGGCGGCGUCGUGCGAGGCUGCGGCGGUCGCGUCUCCCGGCGAACAGGAGGCGGCGCCGCCGGGCAUCGGGGGCGGCGCCGUCGUCGUGCUGGCGGAGGGCACCCAGGGGCAGCCGCAAGACGGCGCCGCAGGCAGCGCCCCCGCUGGAGCCGGCGGCAAGGCGGGCGGCGGCAAGUACGUCUGCAGCGAGUGCGGCAAGCAGUACGCCACGUCGUCCAACCUGUCGCGGCACAAGCAGACGCACCGCUCGCUCGACUCGCAGGCGGCGCGCAAGUGCGUGACGUGCGGCAAGGCGUACGUGAGCAUGCCGGCGCUCGCCAUGCACCUGCUCACGCACAAGCUGUCGCACGCGUGCGGCGUCUGCGGGAAGCUCUUCUCGCGGCCGUGGCUGCUGCAGGGGCACCUGCGCUCGCACACCGGGGAGAAGCCCUUCGGCUGCGCGCACUGCGGCAAGGCGUUCGCCGACCGCUCCAACCUGCGCGCCCACAUGCAGACGCACUCGCAGGACAAGAACUUCGCGUGCUCGCGCUGCCACAAGACGUUCGCGCUCAAGUCCUACCUCAACAAGCACCUCGAGUCGGCGUGCUUCAAGGACGACGAGAACCAGCCGCCGCCGAUGCCGACUGCCUCCUCCAACACGACGACGGUUCUCACGUCCACUCACUUGCAGGACGGGAACGAUGUCGAGGUCGAGGUCGAGAUAGAGCUCGUCUAAUAGUAAAGGACGCUCCGCAUGAUACCCACCAGAUCCCAACUCCCUGAAGGUGAAGGCUGGCGGAGAGCACUUCGUCAAAGUUGCCUCCGUUUUGACUCCCAACGGUUGGCCCCCUGCUUAUGACGCACGAGUAUCUGCUGUACCGAUUCCGAAAAGUCUUGAAUGUGUUCCUUCCAACUUCAGCGUAGUCGAUAACAUUUACUCCUUACCUUCUCUUACUUGGAGCGUUUGGACAAUAACAUCCGUAUACUCACGUGCGCCGUUUCAUUAUCUAAUUUAAUGUUCUUUGAUACACUAUUUCAUUGCUGAUAGCUACAUUCAGAGGACUUUGUACGUGAUACUUCAUCAUCACCAUUCUCAAGGCUUAAGCUUUCCGGUUUCUUAUUAGUGUGAAAUUCGAUAUUUUCGGAAUUUAAUCUCGCUCCACAGUUUUCUUUUUGUCCAACAGAAAAAAACCUGCGUCGUGCAAAACUCGUGUUAUAGAACACCGACACAAGAAGUGCACUUUCAGGAGAGUACUGCAUUCAUCCCGCGACUUCAGUGGCAAUCUGUAAGGCAGCAGAUCCGGUUCGCGAAGUGCUCUCUGCGAGUCUUCGUUUUAUUCCUUUAACCUGAUCCGCAACCUGCCCACGAGCUAAUGACCUCGGCUACUAAUACGGUACAACGAAGUCCCUGUCCGGCCUCUCCCAGGCAGGAGCCAGGGACCAAUCAGGACUAAGGACAGAGAUAAAAGCACCAGCAGAAUGUGCAGCAGUGCGUAGGAGUAAACUACCCAUCCACCAAGGUUCGUUGUUAGGGAGCAGACAAAGAACAACACAAUGCACUUUCAAUUUCGAAACAUGAUCUUUCAAGGUAAGCAGCUGUGUCGUGUCUAUGUCGUCUUUAAUGUGGACUGAGUUGUGUAUGGAAGUGACUACCAUGUUAAUAUUGGUAUAAAUGUAGCAAUAAAGUAAUUAACAGGGAAAUGAAAUUUGACUUCUGCGUUUCUGAGAGUCAAACAAAAAUAUUUGCCGUGCGGAGAGACAGAGAAAGCUUGGUAAUCGCGGUUGACUCUAAUUGGUUAUUGCCAAUAGCAAGGCGUCCACUAUUAUUGUUUCCGGUUGCACGGCUGUUGGUAGCGUGUUCCCCUAAUAUUCAUUCUGCCUGGCAAUGAAGUCAGUUACUAUAUCCCUGUUAAUCUACCAUACAAUUGUUUAAUGGUAUAUAUUGAAAUUAUUCUUAAUAAUAUUGUUUCGUAUAUUACUAUUUACAGAAUGCUGCAUGGGAAGCUUAUAUUUAUAAAGAAAAGUUCUCAAUAAGCAUAUCUUCUCAUCAGCAUUAUUUUUAAAGAGAAAUUUCUACAGCGCAACUGUCGAGACGUGUCUCAAGUUGCGUUAUUCGCUGUUCACUUUUUCAUUUAGUUACCUGUCGUGGUACAAGAGAAUGAUAGAAACUUGGCUGAGCAUUGGAAACAUGUUGGAAAAUCCUUUUUCUCUAUAUCUAGGCCUAUCUCUCUCUUUGUUGCUUGAGCUAAGCACGAUACACUAAGCGCUACCGAUAUUUUAAACCAAAGAUAUGAGUUUUCAAGAACGAUUAUUCUAGUGUAGAAACUAAUGAAUUUGUAGUUCAUAAAGUAAGCAGCGAAGGCGAGAUUUUGUACCACAGAAAUAUUUUUGUCAAAAUAGGGUACUGAAUAAUUUCUUCACUAUUUUCCUUUUUUGCAAAUAGGAAGUUACCGGUAUAAGACUGGUAGUCAGCUUGUAUAGAAUAGCUCAUAUGAGAGCAGUAUUAAUGAUGCAAAGUUGCGCUUGUGGUGCGGCCGUUGCCUGACUUGGGAACUCAUUCUUCUUUACUGUCAGCACUUCAGGACGUUGAUUCGUUACACAAUUUCAGUAUCGCAAAUGAGAAUGCACGUAACUGUUCCUUCAGAUGAGAAGAUUACGUUUCGUUAUGAGAAGAAAGCUCUAAUAUUUACCCCUUCUGUGUGUUAUGAUUACAAAGAUACACACUUGUGGCUUUGAUGAAAUUAGGCACAAAUUCAGGUUGAAAAUCUCUUCGCAAUUUUCUAGUUCAUUAUUGAGAGAUAGCAAGAGCCGCUCCGCUUAUACGAGGGCUAGUGAUAAAGAUGUAACUGUCACCUAAAAAUGAAGUUACGUAACUAUUUUCUUUUAUUCGUUUGCUGGUGCAUGUCUGCAAUUCUGAUACCGAAUGAAAUUCCCACGCUACAGGACCCUAUAACGUCACUAGAGGAGCCGAAACAGAAAGGCUCAUACCGUCGAUGAAUUGAGGUAUCGUAAGGUAAUUCGGUUUUGAUAGGAGCGGAAAUAUUGUAUCUAUGUCACGCAAACCAAUGCGAUUUCUUCAACCGUUCGGUUAGGUCUCAUGCAGCUGCAAUAUUUCCACUGCUGCCGAAAACGCACUACCACACGAUGCUACAGUUUAUUAACGGGCUGUUCCACUUUGUUUUGGCUUCUCUUCCGGAACACGCGGUACUAUGGCACACAGAGUUCGAUGUAUACCAGUGUACCUGACUGCAGACAUGUACCUGCAAACGAUUAAAAAAUAAUUACUUUCUUUAAAAUAUAGUACCUUUGUUUGUUCGAGGUGGUAAUUAAAACUUUAUUACUGUCCCCGUAAUAGUGUGAUUUUUUAAUUCUGAAAUGUUAUUCAGCACGAAUAUUUGUUAUUUACAUAAAUUAUUUGUAGCAUCGAUCUUCCACGUUAAUGUUUAAGAGAUUUAAAUGAGAUUGAAUCACGUAUCUUAGAGGGAAACUAACAAAUAUUUGUACAUCUGUGACGUGUCUCCAUACCUUCAACCCACCGACGCUAACACGUGACACAACGAUUUUUCUGUCUAAUGGGCUCAUUCCAGCAGACGACCAGUUAUCUUAGGCCUACGUAAGAUGUAAGUUCAAAGUACUAUUCCCAUAUGUAACGAAAGACUGAUUUCAUAUUUACUUUGGCGGCGUAAUUGUAAUCGUUGGAGUUUAGAAAAUUAUUUCGCUUUUAUGAGCAAGAAGCAACAAACGAAGGACAGAUUUUUCUGCUGUCGUUUGACUCCUCGGCACUCGUACAUGAACACACGGCAACGGCUGCACCUAUGGGCAAACAGAUGAGAAUAGGCGUAGAAGGAGGAUAGUAAGGGAGAGCGUGGGCCAGUUGUGGAACAAGAGGAAUGAGCGACUCAAGUCGGGCCUCACACUGUAACUCCAUGACCACAAGCAGUAUGCCAACAUAUAAGCUGUCGCUGAAGAUUGAUUACAAAUCGCAGAACUGUUGUUUACAGCACACUUCUCUAAUAUCACAUCGCACAGUACACUGUUGGAGUGCAAAUGCAGUUUUCUGAGAGACUGUCACUAAGAUAUGCUAUAGCUUUAUUUCUAAAAGUUUUCUUUGGCUUACUACAACAACACAAGUCGAAAAUCUGAUUUACUGGCAACGACAUCUUGGAAUACGUGCAAACGGUAAUUGUUCCACGACUGGAAGUAGCGUAGAAUCGGCCUACACUGCCCCGCCACCAUUCCCAAAGAUAUUGAGUAUAUUGUAGUUACAGGGACGCUAUCUUAUUAGCAUGUAUAAUUUAUCAUUACCAAAACAAUUAAUGAGCAACGAACUAUUUCUUAGUCAUAUUUAAUUAGUUUGUGACCAGAUUAUUUGGUCAAAUUUUGCUGCAAACUAGCAGCAUAUGUUUGAGAUUGUUUCAUGUGAAACUGAAGCUUUGAAAUAAUUCACUGUACCUACAUAGUAUUGCACUAAGGUAUAUAACUUUUUUAAAAAUAUAUUAUCAUAGUUUUUUAACAUUUAAAUCUACAUAUGAAGAGAAUUAUGACGCUGAAAUUAGAAUUUUGUAUGACGUAAAACGUUGCUUUCACUGAUGCCAAUUUAAGAAAUUGAAUAACGAGUUAAUCUGAAAUUUGAAAAGUCUCAGGGUAGUUCUUUCUUUAUUGUGAUGAUAGGGAGCAUGUUUGGAAACAUUAGGCCUAUUUCAUUUAUUCUGCAGUAUUUCAAUGAGAUGCUUUAUUAGUUAUACCAACUAUCGGGUAUUGUUAAUGAAGACCCGUAAAAUAUCACAUCUGCCCUAACACUAGCAAUAAUAAUCAGAUAAACAGAGCAACAAAGAGAUAGACAAAAACGGGAGAGUCAAUUUGUGGAUAUAAAGUGGAAAUAUGAUGGUGAAAUGAAACUAUUUUUGGUGUACGUUGAAAAAAGAGUGUAUCAAUAUCACUUAAUAGUAUGUCUGCAUGUCUGUGUACCAUAUAUGAAAAUGUUAUAUGUUUGCUGGUAAUUCGUCUCCAAUAUUAUGGAACUUAGCUUUUAGGAUAUUAUUUUAUGUGAUGUGCUUUGUUAGCUAAGAUCUGGUAUUAUCUGAUAUUAUUAUUGCCAUAAUACUCGUAGAUCCUCCUCUAGUCAUUGUGCUAAACAUUAAUGUUAUUAUUGUUUGUGCUGUGAUAAUUUAUGUCGUGGUAAUUUUUGUGUAGUAUCUAGUCACCUACUAUCGUUAACAUGAAUGUGGUUAUUUAAAUAUUUCUGUGUUAUUUAUGUUGUGUACUUAAAGAAAUUGUAUCUUUACUGCAGUGUACGAGUAGUUGGUCACAUUAUUUGCUGGACAUGAUGUGGGGUGCUGGUAGAAGGCUGAAUACUGAAGGAACAUGGAUAGUAACUGAAUAUUUAAUUACGUCUCUGCAGACUACUGUUCUCCACCGCUGAAUAGACAUGAGUUAAAUAAAAGAGUACUUAUGUAAUGGCGGAAAUGUUGUUAUUGUGCUUGUCACUUCUUUUAAGCUCCUAGAUACUGAGCGAGAAGUACGGAAUGUGGAUAAAUGUAUAAUGGUUAACUCUCAAGGGAGACAGACUGCACGCUGCCGAUGGUCCGCAAACUGUUAAAAUGAGUGGUUGGGGAGAUGUAUUCACCGCUGUUUGUUACUGUAUCAUACAUGUCAACUUAAUACUUUGUGAGAAUUUAGAAAUAAGUUUUAUACCUAUAUAGUCGUUGCUAAGGAAGACAUUUGCGUCAGAGAAUUGUUCCUAGCUUCCCUGAUGAGAACACCUGGAAACUUCGCAGUGCCGUAAUAGGUUUGCAUAUCGUUUAUUCACUUUUUUUAGUGAAGGUACAUUAUUAAUAUUUCCUUGGUGGGUAUCAAAACUUCCAGAGAAAUGAUUUUUAAUAGUCCUAAUAUGUCAUUCAAGAAUAUUGUUUAGUAAUCAGUGUCAAAAUUAAUAUUUUAUGUUUCUGGGUAGCUGAAUAAUAGUGGUGUAACAAAUAUGAUUCCUACUGACUAGCAGUUCUUUAAUUUGAGAACGUCUCAUAAAGAUACAUUUAUCGAAGCCUAGCUUUUUUGGGUGAACCCUGGCAAAUUUUCUCCGUAUGCAAUUGUACUGAUAUUUAAUCUUCAGUUUUGGCUCUCAGUGUAUAAAUUUUUCAGUUACUCCAUAUCAACCAACGUUACAUUAUAAUGUUAUACAUGACUUCCACAGCACUUUUUAUUAAGAGCGAUCUACAUUUCGUCAAGCUGUCUCCUAGCUGCAUUCGAUUUUUCUGUAUAUUUUAUUAUAGUUUUUCUUUUACCCUUUUACUGAAAUAUGCGUCUUCUACAUCAAGAUUUGUUUGUAAAAAAACUAGGUUCUUCUUGAUUUCAAUUAAAGACUGAUACGAAAUGAAAUUCUUCUUUAAAAACACAGGACAUAUACUAUAUAUUGUUCCUGUUAACUGAGAGCUGCAACAUUAUUCAUGGCUUAUCACAAUUGUCUAACCAUUUGCAGUUAAAUUGUUCCGAAUUUGAUUUGCACCCGUCUACUUUACUUCGCUAUGUUUUAUUAACUUUGUCCAGUAUAACUCCACGCGGUAUUUCGAAUAAAGAUAAGGAGUUCAUGUACAGAUCAUUGUCUUUUCCAAUCACCAUGCUACAACAUAACAGAUACUUCAAAUACAGUCAUUUUAGCUGCUAUGUCAUUUGAUUUCUAUAUUUUCUAAUCGCCUACACAAAUUUUGUUAGUCUUUCGUUAUGAAUUGCGCAGUUCACUAGUGACCAAGCUCCUUAAACUGUAAUUGAAUUAGGAAAUUGUCUACAAAACUGACACCAUAAUAGAUUCAGUUAUUAAUCUCAUCAAUGAUCUUAGGCAAACUACAUGAUUAUCUUUGAGUUAGUUUAUACUUAGCAGAUAACACAAUAACGUUACAUUCUCCAUGAAGCAUGAUGUGGAAGUAUCACGCACUGUUGUCUUUGGCUUAUAAGGCAUAUGCGCAGACUGAUUAUGCUUUAUAUCGAUAUCGUCUCUGCUUAUUUAAUAUUUAACUUGACCUUCUUGCAUUCCAAUUUUUAUCCAGACGCAAGACCAACACAUAAAAUUCUGUACGUAGAAAGGUCAACCAUCUGCAGUAGACAGAACCAUGAGAUAGAUAUCAUGAAAUGUCAACACUACAUCAUCCAUUCAAUAUGUUCAAUGAGUCAGUAACAUGACGUACGAACCGUGAACGCGGUCAAAUAAAAUUGUUUACGACCUCUCACAUCUGAAGAACCCAUCAUAAGUAAGUGCUCUUACCUAAUAUUGUGGUGGAAAUCAGCGGUAAAUAAGGAGACACCUUGAGCAGCUAUCCGCAGUUAGGAAACGGGAGGGUGGUCCGCCAGCCCCACGGGUUGCCUGGCACGCAGGGGCGCCAGCUGGCGCACUGCCACUGCGCUGCUGGCGCUGCCAUAAAGUUGCCUGCAGUAACGCCACGCGCGAGUAAAAAGAAAAGAAACCAAAAAGAUGGAAAGAGUGGAACUAGGGCCAGGACGGAGAGGAGGAGGGGGACCGGCAGAAUCGCCGGCGCCUUCGAGAGUAAGAGCGAAUGGGCCGCAAGAGGGCCAUCUAUAAAUUACAAAGAGUUCGCUGCCAUUCAUCUGCUUCCUCUCCGUGAAUCACCAAGCGACCUUCAAGCAAUUACGCCACCAAAUGUUACGGAAAGGGAAAACGGGAGUACGAAACUUAUGCCGCUGCAUCGAAGUCAUCCAACAUGAUGCCUUUGCAUACAUGUACCAGCCAAUCAUAAUCCAUUAUAUUAAUGGUGACUUCUACUUAACGCCUUCUACGUAGCGCCUUCAUUCAGUACAUGUUGAUAAAAUUGAAAACAGUAAGGGGAGAGACCGAAAAAGUCAUGAUGGCAUUGACGUAAUCAUAAUAUGCUGCAGCAGACAAUCGCAAACAUCUGAAAUGCUUUUGUUUUUAGAUAAUUUUACACUACAACCUCUUAUCGAUCUCUGUCUCCUUGGUAACAUCUUCAGCUAUAUCAAACAAGGCUACUCAAUUCCUGUUUAUGAUGUAGCAGAUAAAACGUGCGUCGGUGUUUAAUUUAUCCUAGGGAUUAAGAAUCUGAUGACGAAGUCGACUAUUAUUUACUGUUUAAAUUUUUACGCAGGCUUUCCAGUCAAACUGCAAUGUUCUCUUGAAAAACUGCAUGUGGCAUUCCUCCUCACUUCUUUCCGAUUUAAUAUUAUUAUUAUUUCUUUUUUAUUAUUGUUUUCCUUGCAAUAGUUACUACAAUCAACUUCACUGGACAAUGAAGACCUGCAAGUGAUUACUGCGUCUUCCAACUAGCGCAGGGUACAAUACAUAAAAUACUGAAAUUCCGAGAUAAUUAUAUUAUUGGAAGAAAAAGACAAAAAUUGCAUGAAUAUAAGGCAACCCGAAGCAAUUUUUAUGCUGAAAUAGUGAGAUUAUUUCAAUGCUUUUUCGGAGCGUAGUUCUUUCGUCACACGGAAUUUUGUCCCAUAGUAAAAAGACUCACUGCUGUGGUGUCUCGAUUCAUGAAAAUUAAUGAAACUUUUAAUGGAAAGCAUAUAUUUUAUGAAAAGAUCAUCAAUAAAUUAUGACGCAAUAUCACCAAAUGACGUUCUGACAUCCAUCAUUAAGUAUAUUAGGAAUCUGAAAAAUAUGAAGUAUCAAUCUCUUCGACAAUUUACAUCGUAGACUGACGUUCUUAGGUAUAUGAGAUAAUUAUUCAGACAUGGUAUGAAACAUUCUAUCUUGAUGUAUCCUUUAUUCAGUUAAAAAUCGGUGGCUUGCUAUAGUUUUAACACGACAGUGUCAUGUGAUAUCUGAGUGGUAUGCUGUUCGUGAAAACUACGAAGUAUAAAAUAUAUGGUAAGAUUUUCUUCUAAUUUUGAGGCCGUACCCACUAACAUUGGUAAAUAAUUUACCUUCUUUAUGUUGAUCGUGAAAACUACGAAGUAUAAGAUAUUUGGUAAGAUUUUCUUCUAAUUUUGAGGCCGUAUCCACUAACAUUGAUAGAUAAUUUACCUUCUUUAUGCUGAUCGUGAAAACUACGAAGUAUAAGAUAUUUGGUAAGAUUUUCUUCUAAUUUUGAGGCCGUAUCCACUAACAUUGGUAGAUACUUUACCUUCUUUAUGCUGAUCGUGGAAACUACGAAGUAUAAGAUAUUUGGUAAGAUUUUCUUCUAAUUUUGAGGCCGUAUCCACUAACAUUGAUAGAUAAUUUACCUUCUUUAUGUUGAUCGUGAAAACUACGAAGUAUAAGAUAUUUGGUAAGAUUUUCUUCUAAUUUUGAGGCCGUAUCCACUAACAUUGAUAGAUAAUUUACCUUCUUUAUGUUGAUCGUGAAAACUACGAAGUAUAAGAUAUUUGGUAAGAUUUUCUUCUAAUUUUGAGGCCAUAUCCACUAACAUUGGUAGAUAUUUCACCUUCUUCCACGAUACAGGAGGAAAUCGCCUUGUGCUGCACCGGUGCAUGCUGAUCAAGUAGGCGAAGUUUACCUGUUAAUACGUGCCGAAGUUUCACGUAACAUCUAAAGUUUACGUUCCAGAAUCUACGAGUACUUCCAUCAUUAACUCCAAGUGAAUACACGUAGUGUACAUUUAUUUGCGACCAAAUUUCAAAUUUCCAUUAUUGACCGUUAAUCGUUAAAUAUUGUUAAUGCGUUUCAUUAACCUCGAAGAAAAUUUAAUCCAUUGAGUUCGCACACCUAAUCACCUUAAACAUCGUUGCAUCGAACCACAACCAUAGCAGGCAGUUGACUUGAGAGUGUCAUAAAAUUAUAAUAUAUCACAGCUAUUAUAGUCUCUUCAACACGGACUGUGGGUAGAAGUACGUGUAAAUGCACUAAAAACCAAGUGAUUACUGUCUUUUUCACCGAUUACUGGUAAUAAGAGGGUAUUAUUUAUUAUUUUAGGGUUUCGGUUAUUGUUUGUUCUGCUUUCCCGAUAACAUUUAAAGUCUUAUUGCAUAAUUAUCGUUGUUUCUAUAGAGAUAAAACAAUCUUCUUUAAUGUAACCUCCGCGAUAAUUAACGUUAUACAAAACAGAAGUGAUCUUAUAACUUAGCUGUAUAUUUGGAGCACGAGACGAAAUUAAGUUGGGAAACAGUUUUUCAUAAAAUUUCCUCUUGAAUACCCAUUAAUAAUUACUAGGUGUGUAAAGAUUAUUAUAAUUAAUAACAUAUUCGCUGUAUUUGGCCGUGGUCGGGUGGUUGUCGGUCCCCAUCUACGGAGGAAAUUUUCAAGGUUGAUCUAGCUUCUUUGAGUGUGCGAUUCAUAUCCUGGCUCGCUGGUAACUGCAGCAAAAUCCCGUUUAUGCGUGCUCCCGUGCAGUGGCUCACGUCACCUGUUUUGAAUAUCCGAGCGCAGUUGGCCGUUGUCGGUCGCCGUCGUCCAUUGUUGCUGUCACUGGUGCGUAUCUCCUCCGGCGCCAGGAUUCAGAUGUCAUACAAUUUCACGUCAUCCCAUUCCUACUGAAAUCGUUUGAGAGUUUAGCAACCUCUAUGGCCUCUCUAUUUCAUGGUAUCCGCUUGCGCUUGCUAGAACGUGAGUCCUAUGGAAGCGAAUGUGAUUGUUUCCUCAUUCCAAAGCGUAUUCCUCAAAAAGUGAUCUGUUAACCUCUCUUCUUCUAAAGUUGCCCUCGAGCUCUUUUAGCCGUUCUUCAUCAUUCUUUCAAAAUUCUCGUUAUAAUUUUGCUGCAGUCAGUAGCAAUCCAGGGUGUGAAUCGCACGCUAUAGAACCUACGAUGCCCCAGAAAAUCUCCUCCACAGAUGAGGACCAAACGUUGGGUUUAAAAGCGAAAGCCACCUGACCACGGCAUAGUGGCCCUCAGUAUUUUAUUAAUUGUGACAUUUCCGCCCAUACAUUUCGCUUUCCUCGUCAUUCGGUUCUUUUUUUCGCUUAUUGUAAACACAUCAAAAAUAAGUAUCUUUUUUUUUUUUAACUUGCUUGAGGUAUUUCUCUUCAUCAUUCACGUUAACCUCCUCUCUUUCGUAGAUUAUUCGUUUAACUGACGGAAGUCAGUUUCAGCAGGAAGCUCAUGAAAAAUUCGUGGCAAAUUAAAACAUGUUUCGACAUCUAUGUCUCAUCUAGAGUGGGUUACUAUCGAUUUCCGCAUAAAAUAUGGCGCGAAGUUCACUUUUUUUCUAUUUUAAACCUAAUAACUAUAAUGUGUGCUUCCUUUUAAAUUUUCUUUUGGUUGUUCACCUGAAACUAUGUUAAUUCAGAAACUGAAUUUGGACAAUCUGGCUUCCAUUUACGCCUUUUUUUUAUUCUAGUUCAUGUCAUCCUCAAAGUAGUCGGAAGAGAGUUUUAAUGUGUUCCAAGUCUUACUGAAUCUCCCCUGAAUACAUUCAUCAAUUCAUGAAUUCUUUCGCGUAGAAUUUUAUACCGACAAACAGCCCCUAAAUUAUUUGGAUUUAUGGUUUGUUUUUGAUCUUUGCUUUAGAAAGAUGAUGCACUACUUUCGUUUUGUAGGCUUUACUUUCUCGCUGCUCUUUAGCGCGGUGUCAACCUAUUUUGCGUAACUUAUUCGUGAUAAGAGUGAUAUGUGGUGCGCAUUUUUCAGUGGAGUAAUAAUAAGAUACUCUUCCAGUUAUUUUCUUCCUUGCUGAAUAACUCGCUGGUGGCGCACCAAUAAAUAUAAUUCGUGUAGGUUGUUACUUUGCACUGAUCGCGCUAUGUACAUUGUUUAGAUCUUCUUGGAGAUACAUGAAACAUAAAGCACCUUAGGAAUACGUGAUGCAACGUUCCUUUUCACGUAUAGUGCGUUAUUGUCGGGCUGAAUGAAAUCUCUAGGUUCGGACUUCUGAGAUGACUGCGUAAUCACAGACUGCUUCCGUUUAACAGGUUUAUCUUGCUGUCAGUAAAAUAUAGUGGAAACAGUGAGGAAAAGAGAACCGAACCUACUACUCCAUAAAUAUCUAAUGGAUCAUGUCUUGGUGGUUCCAACUUCUGCUAAGUCGUAUUGGGCAAAAGUAUCUUGUACAUUAAGUCCUUACGAGAACUGCCUAUUGUAUUUUAUGCACCUAACAGUGUUUAGUCCAUCUCUUCUCCUUUUGGUAUUCCCUUCUGAGGCCAGUUGUUCCAUUGCGUUGAAAGAGAAGACCUAUCACUUCUUAUUCGCUUGGUGACUAGCAGUACGUGUAAACAAAGAAGCUUAAGUGCAACGCAUGCUGAAGAAAUGAAAGCACUUCACACUGGAAAAAUAAUGUUCCGCAAGUGUAUGUUGUAUAUAAAUUUAACUACAUCCGAUAAAAUAUUCAUCCGACCAUAUUUGUUUCUUGUCUUCAUACUUUGUGAGUGUGUUAUAGCCAUGUUGAAGUACUUUGAUUGAAAUUAACAACGCAGGUGUAAAAAGUCAUUACCGAAGAUAAAUCUGUAAUGUCCUAAAUAGUGUUAUUCCUCUAGGAGAAUGUCUCUUACCAGUUUAAAUGCUCACUCAACGCAAAUAGGAAUGACAGUUGUGUGAUGCACAUUGCCGUUUUCUGUGCCUGAGAUACCAACACGACAACGUAAAUAAUCGCAGUGGUCAUUUUUUGCUUAACGACUGCCCUUUUCCCGAGUUAAAUUUUUCCCGACUCGAACAAAAUUACUCAAUGCCCUUGUACAUGAACUAGUACAAAAUGCUGUUGCUUCCGCUUUCUUUAUCGAAUGAGAGUGACCUAUAAUGCAGUUAGGCUUGUAACUACCGAGGUGGCAGCGCCGUUCGUAGAAAUUAUUUAUCAGCUCCGCGUAGUGCCGAUAAACAUCAAAUGGCGCUAGUGUUCGUACCCCAAACACGAACGCCUGUUGUAACCUGCCCGAAUGACGUGGGCGUAGCCGCGUUCGUUGUUUCCAGAGGUAGUGGUGGCUGGAGCUGCUGUUGUUACACUGCGCUACGCGUGUCAGCUUGUUGUCCUGCUGUGCGGAUGAUAAUGGAUUGGGCAAGGCGCGUGGUGAUACAUCAGCCUGCUCCGGCAUGCCAUGACACUGCCUGCCACUGAUUCGCGGCUGAGCGCUCUGUCCCACCAGCAACACAAAUGGCUAGCUGUUUUGAUGCACACGAGUGUCACCCUGAUUUAGUCCCACGCAGAUUUAGCUCAGUAUUUGGCGCCGCUUCGGCCGCGUUCUGGUACAGUCGUUAAUCUAGAAAUAUACACCUGAGAAACAAUGGAACGUCCGUUCACCAAACUUCUAAGUAGCUGCAGUAUACAGGCUAGAGAGAAGCAAUUUGAUAAUAAGAUCAGAGAAGGCUGAGAGACAUGGAAACGAGUAAAAUUCCCCAGGUAAUCCUAAGUCGGAUUCGCACCGUCGUGGAGCUGCGGCCCUAAAACGACAGCCAAUAAGCUACGAACGCGCUCAAGUGUGAGGUUAAACUGACUCCCCUUUUCUGCUAAAGAGCGCAGUCAUUUAUUAAUUUUGCCGACGAUAAUGUUCUCGGACGAACAGUCGAAGCUGACAAACUUUAAAUGCUAUCCAUGGCUUAUUACGUUAGGCUCGCAUUUUCUGUGGCGUUCACUGGUGAAAGCUAGACUACUAAUUAAAGAAUGUUAAUAGUACCGUAAUGCCUUUAAUUUGUAAAGACAAUAAGUCUUAGUGCAAAAACACUGAGCCUUGAGUUGGUCGACCUGUAGGAUUGUGAGGUUCCGUAUUUUAAUUUUUGUGGACGAAUAGAGCGCCCGAACGAACUUCCGUUGGCUCAAGUAGAGUAGGUCGGUAAGUGUGAACUAAGUGAAAGGCGGAAAAGGAAAGAGAAACUUAUUUUAAAUACCCAUUUUCUCUCAAAUCACACCUUUUACAGCAUAUUCCUCCUACUAGCAUUACUACAAAGUUGACGUUUUCAAUUAAAUGAAGGACCGCAACCACUGGACACAACCAGACACGUGCGUUUGCACGAUGUGUUCGCUGCAGGUUGGUUGUCGUUGUACUCUCGUAGCUCCACAACGGUUCAGUUUUGAUAUAUUGUUAACGUAACACCAUUCACGGAUUAGACCUACACCUGUUCCGAUUUUCCGAAUGUUGUCUAUGAUCGUCCCGUUACUGCCACCGGAUGAAUCCUGAUGAUACCGUUGCUUCUUUAUUCAUGCAGCUCUCGUGUGGCCUCAAAAGCGGUGAGUGCACUCCGCACCACAUCUCUCUACUUCAGAAAAAGUCUGAGGAGGUAUCGGGAAUCGAAACCUGCUAUAUUACAGUAUUAUUUGUGGUAAUAACAAAUCAAACAUUUCGAUAAAUGAUAAAGAAGUGUUUAGUUGUACACUCAUUUUAAUGACGGUUGCUAUUUGAAAAAUACUGACAUAAACAACCUCCUUAAUGUCAUUGAUUGAAGGUAUCAUUGUCUCAAUAUUUCUUUCUGUUCAAAUUUAUUUAAAAAUUAGUUAAGAGUUCGACCCUAGGUUGAUACAUUUUUCAGGUGUUUACUUGUAGGCACAUGCAGACCUUCAUAGUGCUCGAACAAGAAGAUUAUGUUCAUAGAGAGUCCUGCGUAAUAGCCAGUUCUAAGAUGAAAUGUAUUUAUUUUUAACAAAACAAGUGAUGAAGUGCUUGAAGACAUAAUUAAAGAAAGUCUGUGUGCUAUUAACACACCUUUAGAUUCCCCGGCCUUCUGCCGGCAUCAUUGAGAAGUAAUACUUUAACGGUUCUGCGUUUGCAACAGCUGGAAUUUACGACGGAAAAAUAACACAGUAUCAGAUACAAUGGCAUUGUCGGGUCUCUACUCACUUUAAGUUGUGAAAGCUGAUAAGUAAAUCGAAGCGAUGUAUGAUAUCGGGGACGCCUAUCAGUUUGAAUUUACGACGGAAAAAGAACACAGUAUCAGAUACAAUGGCAUUGUCGGGUCUCUACUCACUUAAAAUAGUGAAAGCUGAUAAGUAAAUCGAAGCGAUGUAUGAUAUCGGGGACGCCUAUCAGUUUAUAAUGGCCUUUACCUUUAUGUGUUCGAAGUGUUCAUACUCAAUUUAUGCAUGUCGUACGCCAUGUACCGUCGCGCCCCUACGGUACUUCCUAGCAUUCGUAUAUACAGCUUUUGUUAUAGUAAGAGAGCGUUAAAUUUGGCUAUUGUCUUUCCAUGCAACUGGCCGUUCAUCAGUACUACGUAUUAUCCCAGAAAAUGUGUGAUAUCCUUCUGACAGUGUCUAUGAUCAGUAUAUGAAAUAUCUUUGUGAUCAAUGAUGGUGACAUGUAAUUCAACGUUCACUCCAUGGAGAUGCAGGUUAAGAGAUGCACUCAUGAUCACGAAUCAAUACUACUAACAAAAUGAGAAGUACUUUUUGUAGCAUUAUUAAAAACGAGUACCAACUCAGGUGCUCGUGCCCUCACUGUUUAUUAUGCAAAAAUACCACCUAAGAAAAUGGCUACUCGAAAGUAGUUAUGUAUUUGCGGUUACGUUACAGCAUAAUAUCGAUGUGAAACGGAAUUACAUUUCCUUGUGUAAAAUUUAAUGGAAUGCCUAUGUCAGUAUAGCCACUCUUCCGAAAAUUACUUGAAACAAUAACAGAAAUUUCAUUUCCUGUAAAAUUCUCUGACAUUUUAGGGAGUACAGACUCCUGAUGUACAGAUAUCACUUAAGGCGAAGCACGGACGACAUAGCCUCGUACCUUUUUCCAGAAACUUUUUACCUGUUCCUACGAUGACAUUGAGCAUUACGUAAACAUUACCAUUUCGUCGACUUUAAAACUUUAUACAGGCCCAGUUACUUCAAUGGUUUUACAUUAACACUUAUUAAUUUCUUAAGUUUGACGUUUCGUCUAAAUAUCAUGAGAAUCAAGAUAUAAUGGAAGAACUGAUGAAUAUGAACUUAGAGAAGUUAGAGACAUUUUGUGGGUCACCAGCGUGCAACUUAGUUUCGUGUAAUUCGAUGAUUAAAUCACUAUUUUAAUAUGAUGUUUUAUUCCUAUUCCCUAUGUUACCUCAGAAGUGUUGGUUCAUUGUCAUUCUUUCAGAUUGUUGCGUACUUGUGGGGAUAGCGUACAAUACGCCAUCUGAUGGACGAUACGGGGAAUAUUAUUGCCAUCAUAAUUUGCACUACUUUCAAGCAACUUACUGAAUACGAUGUCCAAUUUUACACUCAUUCAUUUCAUUACUUUAAGCAAUUCAAAACUUUUGUAUAGAAUACUUUGAAAUUGCAGAGCUGGGUAUAAAAACAAGAAUGAAAUUAUUCGUCUUACAUGCUGUCUUUUUAUCAUCACAUGGUGGUACGUGCCGAAAAUUACUUACCCAUGGUAUUUGAAACGUCAAUACUAAUCUUGCAGAUUUAGCUAAUUUCAAACACAGUCGAUGCAUGAAUAAUGAUCACAUUUUUACUGUGUAAUAACUGAUGACAGUAUAAAUGAGUGUUGGUCGUUAUUUGUGGCUAUUUUGACAAGAAUAUAGGCAGUUGUGUAAGGUAAAAUAUUCUCCAUUUGCUUCCGUUCCCGUAUUAGAUUGAACUACUCUUUUUAGAAAGCAACGAGUAAUUUAUGUCUGGGUACUAACAGAGUAACAACCCUAACGAACUGCAUCGUAAUGAACAAGAAUUUUUAGACAAAAACACCCUUAGUAAUAAAACUAACAUGUUAUUCUUAUUAACAAAUAAAUUAAUGUCACUCUGAUCUGUACUGCUGUUGUUUUAAUUUUGCGGUGCGCAAAUAUUCAGUCAUUAAUGAAUAAACUGGCAAAAAAUAUGUAUAAAACUCCGUCACAUUUCGCAUAUUUUCACAUUUUGAAAUUUUCCUUAAAAGUACUCAUGAAUCUGUAGGCAUCAUAAACCCUGUACUCAUUCCACAAUAGCCUCAAUCACCUUCGUGCUCUUCAUUUCAGUAUUUAGUAUGACAUUUUUAUGCACUUAAUGGAGUAACGUUACCAUUUCUCCAGCGGCUAUAAAGAUCUUGGCUUUCUUGCUGCCACAGACUCAGGUACGACUGUCAUUUCCUGAUGAUAAUAAUGGAGAAAGUCCGAAGAAUGUAAGCAUAACCUGGUAUGAAAACCAAAAGAAUUUCAAGGAAUAUUGCUUUGGUUUUCCCUGGUCCUUCAAAGUUAAUGGUAGAAACAGGCAUUCAUUGAGGCCGGAACAUGCGUAAGUUGUUUCCUUCAGGCGGACACCUGAAGAAGUGACGCUAGUUUAGUUUCAAUCCAAUGAUGAAUAACCUUCCUUAUCUUCUGCCGCACGGUGUUGCUUCAAAAUUAUUCCGCAUCCCAUAACAAGUGGUUAAAUUACAAACGGUAAUGAAAUUCUCCCCAAUACACAAACUAGAUAAAGUAUUCUAACAGGCUUUCAUUAAAACCACUACUCAACUCAUUUAGCAGAAUAAAUUAUUUUUAACUUCUGGCUCCCUUACUGUAAUAUUAACUUUGUGAAGUCAGAGCUGACUCCAGCAGAAAGGGCUGCGUUCCUUUUUGGUAUUCGUCAGUACGACACAAUGAAGAAAUACGCUUAGCCUAAGAGCAAAUAAGAAGAACACGCAUGCUGACAUCGUCAGUGGCCUCAGCAGUAUGCAUAUCAGUAGUAUCUGCAGUCAGUUGGAGCAAAUGGUUUCUAGGACCAGCUUUCUACCAGCACUGACUGAUGUAAGUAACAAGCUGAAACUGUUGGUGAAAGGAAUUGUUUUUGUGGCAAGAAGAGAAAUAAACUAUUUCAUUAAAAGCUAAAUAUGAAUUCUAUUAAGCAGACACAAGUUGUAAAUUGUAAAGACUCAAAAGGGAAGAAAUUUCACUUACUAUAAGUCAGCCUUAUAAAUACACCAAUAUUUAUAAAUAAAAUUUGAUACGUGAAUUCCUUCUCGUGAUAAAAUUUUCUGUCUGUUCUGUUGCCUUGUGAUGAAUUGUAUGUGUGAAUGAUGUUUUGAUACUUUAACUAUGGGAAGUUUGAUUCGUUGUUAUUAAAAUGAGACAUGCAAAGCUAAUUUCUGACAGAAUUUAUUAAGGAUGAUAAUUAAAGAGUUCCACGAAACAUUUCACCAUAAAUUUAUUCACGUAGUACCUAAAACAUUAUUCCAAGUAUUGUUUAAGCAAUACCAUUAACCACGUGAGUUUCUUCUCACAAAAGCGAUGGAUGUAAAAUGAUCUUAAGUUCAUGUGCAUACAUCCAUUCCGCACCUAUAGGAAGAAUCGUAUGUAGGAGAUUCCUUUUACUUAAGAGAUUUAUAUUAGCGUCUGUAAUAUUUUUGACAUAAAACGAAGCAUAUACGAGCUGCCAGCUGGUAUAGCUCGAACAAUAGCAAUAAAAUAAAGUUAAAUAAAGAUUGUAAUAUCGUCAGAAACAAUUUCAUACAAAUUAUUCUUAUUAUAUAAAUAACGACAUUAUCAUCUAUGAAUUCCAAUUAUUAAUUGUAUAUAUUAACUACUUCAGAGAUUGUUAAUUUGACGGCUCCAGAGCAAUGUUGAGAGAUAUCUGAUGACGUGAUGUAAUAGCAAAAAGUGUACAUAAUUAUGUUACAAACAUGUUGUAAAACCAAAGUAUGGCUUCAAGUAACCCAGUGGUGUACUCAUUUAUAUAUAAAUGCAUAUAUCUAUAUUAGUGUAGUAACCUGUAAUGUGUUACUUAUGAUCAAAGAGGCCGGGAGAAUGGCAAUACAGUUUAUUGGGCCUCCUGUGGCAAUGCAUUUGUUUAAAGGUUUGGAGACACAGUAAGGUACUUAAGACCUGCUUAAAUUAUGAUCAGUAUAUAUUCACGAUUAGCUCAUGAAAGCAAUAAAGCAUAUUUU